AUGAGAUUAAGUCCCAGACUGCUUCUGGCAACGCCCACCCCGGCCGGAGUGAGCGCGGGUAUCAAGGCGGCCCCAAUGGCGCUGCUCCCGCCCAUCCCGCUGUACCGCCGCUUGCUCCGCGCUCAUCGGCACAAGUUACCGCCAGAGAUGCGCCUGCUGGGAGACCAGUACGUGAAGAGCGAGUUCCGAGCACAUCGCAGUGUGGAUAAUCCGGUGCAUAUUAUUGGUUUCUUGACGGAGUGGCAGCUCUACGCCCAGCAGCUUGAAGGCGAGGCAUGGAAGGAUGACAAGCUAGAUAAGGCCAAGAUUGAUAAAAUGAGCGAUCAACAGCUCGGUCAGCUAUAUGAACUCAUGCAAUCGAUUCGCGAUCCGGAUACAGGGAAGUCUGGUUCGUGA